AUGAACUAUCCUCGGCCCCACCUUCCGAAUAUCAUCGAACUCACGGGAAUUCAUGUCGCUACUGAACAAAAGCCAUUGCCACAGGAAGUGCAGAAGUUCCUGGACGGAGCAGAGCACGGCGUCAUCUACUUCAGCCUGGGCUCCAACGUCCGAAGCGACCAGAUGGCGGAGGACAAGCAAAGAGCGUUCAUCGAGGCUUUCCGGGAGCUGCCCCAGAGGGUACUCUGGAAGUGGGAGAGCGAUUCGCUGCCCAACCAGCCCGCCAACCUGAUGGUCAGGAAAUGGCUCCCUCAGCAGGAUAUACUAGCCCAUCCAAACGUGCGGGUGUUCAUCAUGCAGGGAGGUCUGCAGAGCCUGAACGAGGCGACGUACCAUGCUGUACCGCUUCUGGUUAUGCCCUUCUUCUCUGAUCAGGCGCACAACGCCGCCAAGAUUAAGCAGGCCGAGAUAGGCGUCUGGCUCGAAUACAGUGAUGUCAGCAAGGAGACGGUUCUGCGAGACCUGAAAUCAUUGCUGAACGACAGCAAGUACAGGGAGAACAUGAAGCGUGUGUCGGGCGUAUUCAGGGAGCACAAGUCAGACUCCGUGGAGCGUGCCGUGUGGUGGAUCGAGUACGUGAUACGCCACCGGGGGGCACCUCACUUGCGUAGUGCAGCUCUCGACCUGUACUGGUGGCAACUGCUGCUGCUCGACGUCAUCGGAUUCAUCGUUCUCAUCGCCAUCUGUGCCUCUGCUGUCCUCUGUCUGCUUGUGUGGAAGCUGUCCGCAUUGUUGACCUACAGUAGGGCCAAGAUUAAAGCACAGUAGAGUAACUGUGAGAAUGAGAAAGCUGUGAUAGCUCUCCUGCACAGGAGACUGUAGUAGUUGAUCCAGUGGAUGAGAGAUGGCUUAGCAUUUGUGUUCAACAGCUUCAGUAUAGAGCUGUAGCAUAGCUUAUCACGUCUCACAGGGACUGCUGGGAGCAAUCCUCAUCAUACACAUGGGCUAUAGUUGAACUAAAAUAAUGUUUUGAGCAUGUUGAAUGGUAGGAGACAGUUGCCAGCAAAUUAUCGUACAUUCUUAAUCACAGCAAGAUCACAACUGUAUUACCUUUUUUUGUUCGAGGGUAGUCAUUGUGUUAUAAUUAUCACUUUGAGAAAACAGAGUUAGAAGUUAAUUUUUAGUUUAUUUCUAGGUACAUGUCCACAGUAUAGUACAUAUUGAAAUCUCACCACAUCACAGUACUGUAACAAGCUGCAAGAGAAGCCACAACAAAGCGACACAACCCACCAAUGAACUGUAGUAUCGUUCAGUAAUUUGUUUUCUGUAUUUGAAUAGAUACGACACUGCAACAACUCUUGCUGAGAUGUUGGAAGGUGACAAUCAGCCAUCAUAUGACAAGUACGUAUGUAUUACAAACUCUUCCAGUGUGAUCAAACAACUCUCUGUGAGGAGGAACAAUGUGGCAAACCAUAUUUCUUUGAAGAACUAUUGAUCAUAGGAGAAGUGGAGAUCCUGGUGCUCAAAUGCUGGCAUAUUAUAGUGGAAGUGAUAGUGGAAAAUGUGAGUCACUUGUGGAUCAAUUUUUAGCACAGUGCAUGAUGUUUUGAACUUAAUAAUGUCUGUCACCCUCUAUUUGUUAACAUGACACUCAUACCAAAUGAUUAGCAAACUAAGGCAGCAGCAGAAGUUUUGCAGCUCUGUAAUACCAAUUCAAAGCCACUUAAUCACCAGGGACGAGGGCUGGAUGUACCAGUAAGACCCUAGCAAGCAGUGGAAAUAUGUGGUUUGGCACCACCAAAAUACAUGAAGUGUCGACCAUCAUCGGUAAAAGUGAUGCAAUAUGCUUUUUGAGAGCACCAUGGGAUGGUGCUAACAGAUUCUGGUCAAAAGGUACAAAAUGUCACAGGAGAAUGCUACCGAAAUCUCCUCACAACGUUUAUGAGAGGCUGUCAGAAUGAAGUAUUGUGGGAAGCUGUUCAAUGCCCUACCUCAUCCUGCAGAGAAAACAGUCUGACAAGUUGCUUCUUUGGGCCAUCAAAUUUUGCCUUAACCUCCUACAUGCUCAUGAAUGCCACAGAAUAUUUUCUCCCUGUUUCAUCAGAUGAUGAAACCAUUGCUAGGUAGGUAUUUCCAGAACGAUGAGUUGGUGAUGUUUUGGGAUAGCUUGACAGCUAAAAUGUAGAUUUCUACCAACCAAGGUCUCUACAAAGGCAUCCAUCAUUACGAAACAUUUGUCACACUGAAGUGUGGUUAUGUAGAGGACUACCACCAUCAUCAAGGCUCAUCUUCACAAGUACAUUGUUUCAAAGUAAUAGAUGUAAUUUUAUAAUUACCCCUCAUACAUACAGACUGAGCAUUGUAAGGCAUGGAUGGCUGCAAGCUGGCAACACUGUACCUCACCCCCACCUCCCCCCAUUUCCCAUCACUGCAUUCUCAGCACUCACAGUUAUUUAUUUGAGCUAGGUGAUGGAGAGUGAAGUUGAGCAAACAGGUCAUCACUAAUCUUCAUGUCAUAAUGUAGGUAGCUUACAUUCCUAAUAUAUAAAAUAAAGUUAAUGUGUUCCUACAUUCUUGUGAAGAUCAGGAAAUGCCCCAUUACUCAUUUCUGAAUAAAACAAUACAUUAUAAACAUAGCACUGAACAGGAGAAGAAACAGCAGUCAUGAUGGCUACUAUACAUCACUGCACACUGUACUGUUUGAUAAUUGAGCUUGAGGAUGAUUGGAAACAAGUCAGUACUAACCUCAAGUCAUCAGACAAGUGAUUUCUCAGCUCCUGCAGCCCUACAAAAAGUGAGAAGUUAUUGUACUGUACACUCACUGUAUUGUGUAGCACACAUUUUUCUUAUGCACAAGUGUUAUAGGUGAGUCAGGUACUGAUUGGUAAGAUAGAUUUGUUUCCUACAGAUUACUGUAACAUCGAUAUUUUUUCACCAAAGAGUUCGCAAGAAUUCAUAUAUGAACACCCCUAUGCAAUAACUUCAUGACAAAUUAUCUUACAGUGAAACAGAUUGUAACUCAAUAAAUUUGUUUGAAAACAA